CGCGGCACAAGAGUCUGAAAAUAAACUUUCAUCAUUGGCAUUUAGGCCUAGCCUAUACCAUUCCAGGAUAGCCGACGCUAAAUGUAGGCUUAUUUUGUUUAAUUUAAUUAUACAAUAUUCAAAUAUAUAGCCCCAACUAUUGUCGGACUAUUUAGCCUAUACUAAACUAUAAAACAUGUAAAGCUAAAAGAUCAUGUAGGUUUUUUUUCAUUGAUACUGCCCCGUUGUUGCAGUUGUUGCUAAACUUGCUUUUCAGCUCUAGUGUACGUGUUACUUCCGUGUUCAUACCUUGAUACACCUGUGUUAUAACUGCAGUAGAUUGGCUACUGAAGCCACCUGUCGCGUUCUAUUGCUAUUAGCCUAGUAGGCUAUUUGACGUGCCAUGAGCGCGGAGCCAGAAUCAUGUGAUUUGACACCUGUGUCUUUGCGAGACGACCCAGACACUGGAGUGGAAGUUCGAGAAAGUUCGGGAGACUUUAAUAUGGAUUUACAACAGCCGAUUUUCUUCUCGUUGGAUGUACACCAACAUGAAACUCAGUCAGCUAAAGUUGUCUCCAGGUUGUCUAGAAAUGCUGCCGCUACAUCAGUGGUGACCACCUCCGACUCAGAAUCCGGUAUAUUCUCAGGUGAAUCGAAACUUUGCAUGGAACAUGAAUCAGACCUGGACUGGUUCUGCAGCUCCGAGCAGAAACUCAAAUGCUUACACUGCACCAUAGUGGGAUCCUGCCAGGGCCACACAGUGACACCCCUGGCCAGCAGAGUGACAGCCGUCAGGAACCAACUGGUUGACAUUUGUGAGAAAAUGCAGCUGCAGGCCCAGCGCAUCGAGCGCUUUAUCAACCAGACCCUGACUGCCAAAGAGCGGGCACUGCAGGUAGAGGCGAGCGGGGCUCGGGAGCAAGUGGUAGCCCAGGUCAGUGUGGUGAGGGAGGCGGUGGAGGAGGAGGAACAGCGGCUGCUGGAAGCGGUGCAGAGGGAGGAGGAGAGGGUGGAGCAGUGCCUCCUCACCCAGAGAGCCCACUGGGGCCAGGCCCUGGCUAUGCUCACACAGACACGCACACGUCUGGUGCACACCCUCACAAACACACCGGACAUACAGCUGGCAACCUCUGGCCAGGAAAUAGCUGAGAGGAUUGAGGAGGCAGAGGGGGUGGGUGAGCCUCAUGACACCGACCAUCUCAACCUGAACGCCAGCUGUAGAGACAGCAAACUCAUGAUGGGCCUGUGGGCCAGCGCCAUACUGCUGGGACCAACUGCUUAUGGUUCAGCAAAUCUGACAUUUGACGAGCGCACCGUCAGCUCCGUACUUUCCCUCUCAGAAGACCUUUGCACUCUGACCUUCCUGCCUAAGCGGUCACGCCAGUCCCCGCCCUACGACCCGGCGCGCUUCGACUGCUGGCCCAAUGCGCUGGGCAAUCUGGCCAUCUCCUCCGGCACCCACAGCUGGGUGAUUGACAUGGGUGAGAGCGGGGCCUUCAAGGUGGGGGUAUGCUACUCCAGCAUGGGGCGCAAGGGCUCGGGCAACGACUCCCGCCUGGGCUACAACAUCCAGUCCUGGGUGCUCUCCAAAUACGAUGGGGACUUCUCCUUCUGCCAUGCGGGGAAGAACACACCCCUGCAUGUGGUCCACAAGCCCAAGAGUCUAGGGCUACUCCUGGACUGGCCUAGUCAGACCCUGGUAUUUUAUGAUCCAGACUCCAGUGCUGUGUUGCACUCGGUCAGACACGCCUUUAGUGGCCCGCUGCUGCCAGCAUUUGCUGUGGCUGACCGCAGUGUCACCAUACUGCACUGACCUCUGAAGUACUGUAACUGUAGUGUCAAUGAUAUAGAAUUACGGGUAACACUUUCACAAGGCAUAUCAUAUGAGUUGAUAAUAUAACAGUGAAAGGGCUCAUUAAUGCUUACAACAAGUAGUACUGCAUUAUACCUGCUGAUAAAAUGGUACUGAAUUACUUAUAAUAUUUGUACAUCCUACUAAUAGAAUAGAAUACUAUCAAAGCUUCACAAUGUAUUUGAAUGUAAUCAAAUUGGCCAAAAUUAGGCCUUCUGUUUCUCUGCAUUGAAGAGGUAUGCAGAAAGUUUUUUGAUGGGAGAUAUAUUUCUAAUUUAUUUUUUGUUUUUUAAAAUCUGAAGUAAUGAUUCUGUAGAGAUUUCUGUAGGAGUCUGUUGAUCAAAUUAUACAGUAGUUUUAAUGUGUCAUACUGUAGUCAUUUUAGAUAUAGGAGUAUGCUAUUUAUAUUUCUUAUACUGUUAUGAUAAUUUACUGUAAGUGAAGUGACUGUUUGAGACCUUUUCUAUCUUUUAAAGCGACACCUGUCUGAAGGAGUGGUUGAUCCAUACGCAUACACAUAUUUGUUAAUUGUCUGAUAUGCAAUGAAUGUCUCUAUUGAAACUCACAUCCUACUUUCCAUCCAUCCGUCAGUGGGAAGAAAAUUAAUGAAAUACCAGACUCAUUGCAAGAGACACAGUCUAGAAAUGAACAGCAGGGGGCAAUGUAGUGUUUGUCAUAGUGAUGCGGAGGUUGACUCGUAACCCGCAAUUCCUGCGGUUAAAGGGUUUAAUAAAGAGAAAACAAUACCUUAAA